ACAACAACCAUCAUCGUCUCCACUCUCUUCACCACCACCAUGCUUUCUCUCACUGCAACAACUCUCAAAUCCUCACUCUUCACACAAUCCAAAACCCAUGGAUUCUCCAAUACCCGACCCGUUUACCCAAAACCCUUCACCACCAUAACCGCCGCCUUAAUCCCCGCUUCAAACCGUCAAGCUCCACCACAACAACUCUAUCAACCAUUCCGUCCACCACCAUCACCAAUCCCUCCUAAAUUCCGAUCACUCGACACCGCCGGAAAAAUCGAAGUCCUCGCUGAUCGUCUCGGUCUCUGGUUCGAAUACGCUCCACUCAUUUCCUCCUUAUACACUGAAGGCUUCACUCCUCCAUCAAUCGAAGAACUCACCGGACUUUCCGGUGUCGAACAGAAUCGUCUCAUCGUCGGCGCGCAAGUUCGGGACUCUUUAGUUCAAUCCGGUGCCAAACCGGAGCUGAUCGCUGCGUUUGACACCGGUGGAGCAGAGCUUCUCUACGAGAUUCGUCUUUUGAAUACAACUCAACGUAUAGCUGCUGCUGAAUACAUUGUUGAUCACGAUUUCGAUACGAAAGGAGCUCAAGAUCUUGCGAGAGCGAUUAAAGAUUAUCCGCAUCGUCGCGGUGAUGUUGGUUGGGAAGAUUUUGAUUAUAACUUACCUGGAGAUUGUUUGUCUUUUAUGCUAUAUAGGAAAAGUAGAGAACAUCGGAGUCCGUCGGAGAUUCGAACUACAUUGCUUGAACAAGCUCUUGAAACUGCGGUAACAGAGAAAGCGAAAAAGGCGGUAACGAGGGAGUUACAUGGAGAGAGUGAAGAAGAGAGAGCUAAAGAAGAGGAGAUAAAAAUCAUUCGUGUUCCUGUAGUGAGAUUGAGGUUUGGAGAAGUAGCGGGAGCGAGUUCGGUUGUUGUUUUACCGGUUUGUAAAGCAGAGGAAGGAGAAGAGAAGCUUCUUGAAGCUCCAAUGGAGUUUGAAACUGGAGGAGAGUUUGGUGUAGUGGAAGCUGAGAAAGAUUGGAGUAGAUGGGUUGUUUUACCGGGUUGGGAACCCGUUGUGGCGGUUAGGAAAGGAGGAGUGGCGGUUUCGUUUAGAGAUGAUAGGGAAGUAUUGCCGUGGAACGGGAAAGAAGAGGCGAUAAUGGUUGUGAUUGAUAGGGAGAAGAAGACGGUGGAAGCGGAUAAUGGAUAUUACUAUCUUGUUGUGGCUGAAGGUGGGAUGAAGUUGGAUAGAGGAUCGGUGUUGAAGGAGAAAGGAGUGAAUGAGAGUUUAGGGAUGGUUGUUUUGGUCGUUAGGCCGCCGAGAGAUGAUGAUGAUGAUUGGCAGAUAAAUGAUGAAGAUUGGGAUUAGAAUUCAAUUAGAGGAAUAGUUAGUAACUAUCCAUAAACAAAUACUUAUAUGCUUUUGGUUUUGGCAAAUAUGUAAUUUUUUGUUUGGUUGCUUCUUAUGUCAUAAUUGUUUUCUUUCAUUGUUGUGUUAGUGUCUAGGUUCAUCAAGAUUCUCACCAUAGUUUUUGAGUUGAACUACGUUUUGUGAAGUUAAGAACAAUUUAUAAGGAGUAGGUGAUGACAAUGCAGCUUCUAAAAGCCGAUUCUUUAAUCAAAUAUCAGAUAUCAA